AUUUGUUGCGGAGUUGUAGCAUACACCCGGCUGUAGGUGAUUAGUUCUCCUCUUUCUCCUGAGAGAGAGAGAGAGAGAGAGAGAAGGGAUGGGCGGGAACAGUAGCAGCAGCGGAGCGGAAGAUGGAGAUGCCGAUUGGAGAGCAGCCAUCGAUUCCGUCACUGCAGAUUUCAAUCUCACUACUCCAAACAUCAGCGGUUCAAUCAAAACAGCCGAAGACAAUCCCCGAAAGGAGAAGAACUCAGAAUCUCGUACUUUCAAGCUCUUCCAAAUCAAGGCACAAAAGCUUUUGGAUGAUCUCGUUGAUAAGAAUUUGGUGAUGGUAAAAGAUCCCACCCCAGCCUUGGAUGGAAGUCCUGAGAGAAGCGAAGGUGGCAUUCGAUUAUUCAGCCAAGCACCUCCGGGAAUAAUAUUCGAUCCUGUUGAUGCAUAUCCACGGCCAACUAAAAGACCGAGAAUCCUUCCUGGAGAAGAAGUUGAUGAGAAAUCAAAGAAGUUUCGACGUCGUGUUGAAUCUGUUUCUGUUGACGGCAUUGCCAUAAUGGCUGCAGCAAAAGCCGCAUGCCAGAGAUCAUUGGCUAGAUUUGAAGCUAAAGAUGCCGCAGCAAAAGCCGCGGCAAAAAAGGAGGAAGAAAGAGUCACAGAACUGAAAAGGCUCAGGGGAGAGGAAUGGCUACCUUCCAUUGCUAGAGAAAUGCAAAAAUUUGUCAAACUAUAGUUUUGCUGUAUUUUUACUAUCUCGUCGGAGUGGCUGAGGAACAUCGUGAUGGAUAAGACUUGGAUUCAUUUAUCAAGGUACCUCAAUUAGUAACUUCUCAUUCCAAUUGUUAUGGCCCAAUCGUUAAGAUGCAUUGGUUUGACAUGUCCUUUAAUUUCAUUGGAUGAUAUAGGGUGAAUAAUGCAUACUUAAGUGGAGUUGUGAAAUUUGUUGAUUUUGCAUUUGCAAAUGCAACUAAUAGAGGGUUAACAACUCACUAUAUCGCUUUGUAAAGAAGUUCAUAUGCUCCAGAAUAUCCGAUCCUUCAUCUGCAGACAGAUAACUUAUUUGUGAGAGACUUCAACAUGUAUAUGUCUUCUAGUUUCUUCAAUAUUUUCUAAUAAGAUUCUUCAUCCAAGACAUUGUAUAUAACCUCAUCCGACAGACAAAUGGAUGGUGCUCAUAACUUUCUCUCCGAGAUCGCUCCAAUUAUCAUCCGACAUUUUCUC